CCCGGAAAUCAGACGUUAGCCAUAGCCCCAGUAGUAGUUGUAUUUUCGCGGGUGAUUUGCUUAUUUAUAUGUAGCUAAUGUAGUUAUUAUCCUCAUAAUAGCAUUAAUAAAACAAUAUUAAAGCACUGCUACGGUAUAUCCACUUAGUAGCUCGUCGUUAACGUUUGCUAGCUAAGCUAACCGGUUCAAAAGCAGGUAUCGUUAACGUUAGUAAGCUAGGCUAACGGAACUGCACGUUAGUUAGCAUUACUUUAGCUUGGUCGUUGUUGUGGUGUUGGAGGACAACAAAUACUCAUCGUGAUGUCUCUUAGCGUCGUUCACGGAACACUGUCGAGCCUGAAGUCCUGUCAGGCAGACAUCGGGACGGGGAUGGACAUUGUGACAGAUGUGGCUAUGGACCUGGCGGAAACUCAGAAUGAAGAGGGGAACCCUGGCCUUAAAGAGAUGGAGAUCAUGAUUCUGGAGUGUGCCAAGCUGGACAGGGAGAUUAACCACUUUGUUGACAUUGUGCAACAAGUCACAGGAGAGGUUGGCUCACAGCAGCCAGAGGCCAUGUUCAGCCUGUCUGCCAAAGUGAAGGAGCAUUUCACAGAGAGAAUAGCCAGGCUCUCUGACGCUGAUCUGCACGAUCACCAGAAAGUAGUGGCCUUCAAGGAUAGCAUCAAGAACUCUUUCAACCAAGCCAACCAAGAGUCAGCGGCAGGCACAGAGGAGCUUGAUGAAGACAUAGCUGUUACACAGAGCCAAGUCAACUUCACCUGCCCACUCACGCAGGUGGAGAUGGUGAACCCAAUGAAGAAUAAGAAGUGUAACCACCACUAUGAUCAAGAAGCCAUACUGGGCCUGAUCAAAACAAGACACAGCCAGAAAAAGAAAUGCCGCUGUCCUGUGGUGGGCUGCGGGAAUACAGAUGUGAAACAGUCAGAUCUGAUUCUCGACCAGAUGCUGAGGAGAAAGAUCCAGAGCCAAAAGAGAAACAGCAACCGGACAUAGUACUUUUUUUUUUUUU